ACUACUUAAUCUGUGUUUUGUCGACAAUCGUGUCUUCUCGUUUGUUCUGCGCACUAAACACGAUUCUGAUCCAUAAAGCUUAACUCUUUUUUUCUUUUAAUUCGCCGUUGUUGCAGAACAGACAUAAAAACCCCAAAAGAAAAAAAAAAAAAGAGAAAAAGCACAAAAACAAAAACACAGUUAAAGAGUCUGAGAAAUUGGUCGGGAGUAAGAGGUUUUAAUUGUCUCCUGUCUCCUGAGUCGCGGCCACUUCGCCGUCAAAAAAGAUCUCUGAGAUUCUCAUUGGGCCGCCAUUGAUGAACCCAACCUACUCACUGUGACACCCAUAACGUGGAUAUGUUCCUGUCUAUUUUACAUCUUCCCUCACACGGAUGAUACUUCGAAGAUAACAAAUCUUGCUGAGGUUUGAAGAAAGAACAUCAAAUCAAACCCCAAUUCCGAAUUUGACUUCUUUUGUUGGGGAUCAUUGCUUCUUACUUAGACAAAGGUUUGAACAUUGAGGGAUUUACGGACCGUGAUCCGCGUUGAGGCUACAAGAAGAAGAAGGUUAUAUAAAGGAAAAAGGAAGAAGCUUUUUUAGUUUUUUUUUUUAUUGCAAGUUGUGAUUGAGAUGAUGAGUGUGGGAAGAAGUGAAGUUGUUGAUGAUGUGUUCUUUGAUUCAUCCGAUGUUUUGUCUGUUGGUGAACAAGUAGUAGUAGAAGAAGAAGAGUUUCGAGUUUGGUCUGGUGAGCCAGUUAGUGUUGAGGAGCGUCGUGCAAUGUUUCUCAAGAGAAUGGGUUUAUUAGAUGAGAGAAUUGAGUCCAUGAGUUUGGAGAGGGUGAUAAGUGAUUACAGCGGUGAGGUUACUAGUUCUUCUUCAGAUUCAUCUUUAUGUGGUAAUGAGUUGCAGUGUUGUGUUAGAGAGGAGAAUUAUGGAUCAACCACUUCAAUGUCUGAUGAGGAACUAGAAGGAGAGGAUGAUGAUUCAGAAGAUAUCUCAACCAAUGCUUCUUCGAGUCCAUCGCGUAGUUCCAGCAAGAAAAGCGCAAAGAAAUGGUUGUUCAAUUGCUUUGCAGGAGAGAAGGAUAAAGAUUUCAAAUACAAAUCGAGUGAAGCGACGAUGAGCAAAGUGAAGGUGAAGACUAAUAAGAAGAAUCAUGUAGAGUUAUCUGCAACUUACAUGGUACAAAAGAUUGAUGGACACAAGGGGAAAAUUUGGGUAUUGAAGUUUAGUCCUGACGGUAAAUACUUAGCUACCGGAGGCGAAGAUGGAGUUGUAAAGAUAUGGCGAAUCACGCUAUCGGAUUCUCUACUCGCCUCUUUUAUGCGACAACAAGAACCAAUAAGCCAACAAGAAGCAUUGGUUCUGUUUCCUCAAAAAGCUUUUCAUAUCGAAGAAACACCGUUUCAAGAACUCUAUGGUCACACUGGAGAUGUCUUGGAUUUAGCAUGGUCAGACUCAAAUUUACUUCUUUCAGCUUCUAAGGACAAUACAGUCCGGUUAUGGAGAAUUGGUUCUGAUCAAUGUCUCCAUGUCUUCCAUCAUAACAACUACGUGACUUGUGUUCAGUUCAAUCCUGUAAAUAAGAACAACUUCAUAAGUGGAUCUAUAGAUGGGAAAGCUCGAAUCUGGGGUUUAUCAGAAGAAAGAGUCGUCGCUUGGACUGAUGUUCAUGAUUCCAUUUCUGCUAUCUGUUACCAACCAAACGGAAAUGGGUGCGUUGUUGGUUGCAUCACUGGGACUUGUAGGUUCUAUGAAAUCUCAGGCAACGAUGUGAUCAUGGAUGAACAGAUUCUUAUCCGGGGACGGAACAGAAUCACCGCCGUUGAGUUUUGUCCUGGAAGCUCCGAGAGAGUAAUGGUAUCUUCCGAGGAUUCGAAAGUUCGAGUAUUUGAUAAAACUCAAAUCUUUCACAAAUUCAAAGCUCCGUCGAAAUAUGGGAGACAAUCGUCGGCGUCGUUUGUUUCUUCCGCCGGAAAACAUAUUUUAUCAGUCCGACAAGGUCACGGAAUCUCUCUCUGGAACAACGAUGACUUUCCGGCGAAGAAACGCGCCAAAUCGUCGAGUUCUUUCGAGUAUUUUCACUCUCCGGGUGUAACCGCGGCGGCGGCUUGGACUCCGCCGGUCAAAGAAGUAAGGAAAGCGGCCGGAGAUGGGAACGAGUCAGGGAGAGCGCUGAGACAAUUACAGAGCUCCGGGAGAUUGUCUCGUGUUACAGCCACGUGGCCGGAGGAGAAGCUAAUGAUGAAUGUAGGAAUUUACGAUAGUACCCUCGCCGUGGGAGAGUUUGAUUUGGCGGAGGCGUGGAGACUGGUGAUCGUGACGGCGAGCUUGGAUGGGAUGAUUAGGACAUUCCAUAAUUAUGGAUUUCCCCGUCGAUUAUAGAUAUGGAUGUUAAUUAUUUUUGUUUUAAGUAGGAAAGAUUGGAAAUUAUGUGAAAUGAUUUUUUUUUUGUUUUGUUUUUUUUAGUUACAUGUAAAGGUGAUAUAGUUGAUUAGUUUUUAUGAAAUAGAG